AUUCACCUUUUUCUAACAAGCAAACACCUUGGAACCGCCAAUAAGGGCGCUUCAUAAGAAACAAAUUCAAUCCUUCUUUUUCCAGCUGACAAAGGAAACUCAGAGCUCCUCCGUAAUUUCGGACUACAAGUCCCAGCAUGCUCUGUAAGACGGCCAGAGCGCCGGGCCCCCGUCGUAGGUGUGGGCCACUUGAAUGGAACGUUGGGCGUAAUGCAAAGCCUUCCACGGUCCGCGCGGCUGGUACCUGCUCCUUGGGCGUGAGUGCAGCGUGUGGGUCGUGCGCGUGCGCGCUCGCCGGAGGCGCGGGGCGGGUGCGCCGGACCGUUGCGGGCGUGAAGCUGCUGAGGGGUGCCGCGCGCCCGAAAGACCGGUACUUGCGGGGCCUCUAGCUUCGCCCCGGGCUGCGGGCAGCCCUGGCGGCCGCCGGAGACCGCAGAGGGCGGAGGAAAGCAGGGGGCGGCGGGGGCCGGCCUCGGAACGCGGAGGAACAGCCGAGCAUGCCCCGAGACAACAUGGCCUCCUUGAUCCAACGGAUCGCCCGCCAGGCGUGCCUCACCUUCCGGGGCAGCGGGGGCGGCCGCAGCGCUUCCGACCUCGGCGCGGCACCGGGCCCCGAGGCCCCGAUGCCGCAGGGCUUUCCGGAGAACCUGAGCAAGCUGAAGAACCUGCUGACCCAGGUCCGCGCCGAGGACCUGAAUAUCGCCCCGCGUAAGGCCACGCUGCAGCCAUUACCGCCCAACCUGCCGCCGGUCACCUACAUGCACAUCUACGAAACCGACGGCUUCAGCCUCGGCGUGUUCCUGCUCAAGAGCGGCACGUCCAUCCCAUUGCACGACCACCCGGGCAUGCAUGGCAUGCUCAAGGUGCUCUAUGGCACCGUUCGCAUCAGCUGCAUGGACAAACUGGAGGCGGGCGGCGGGCAACAGCCGCGGGCCCCGCCGCCGGAGCAGCAGUUCGAGCCGCCGCUGCAGGCCCGGGAGCGGGACGCCGUGCGGCCGGGCGUGCUGCGCUCGCGGGCCGAGUACACCGAGGCCAGCGGCCCCUGUGUCCUCACUCCGCACCAGGACAACCUGCACCAGAUCGACGCUGUGGACGGACCCGCCGCCUUCCUGGACAUUCUGGCCCCACCCUAUGACCCAGACGAUGGCCGGGACUGCCAUUAUUACCGGGUGCUGGAGCCCGUCAGGGACAAGGAGGCCUCCGGCUCGGCCUGUGACCUGCCCCGAGAGGUGUGGCUCCUGGAGACCCCGCAAGCCGAUGACUUCUGGUGCGAGGGGGAGCCCUAUCCAGGUCCCAAAGUCUUCCCUUGAAGCCGCUCGCGCCUGGCUGCUGUGGGCCGAAGACGUGCCCUGUUCACAUCUGGGCCUCCCUGCCCGCGACCCACCAUAAGGGCUUUGUCCGUACCCCCAGGCCUGGGCGUUGGAUCUACUGGAAUGGGCUGUAGCCGCUUCCUCCGGAGCCGUGGGAAGCGCUGACGUCUGGAGUGCAGCCACGGGGCCGGGUUAGGGGGUGGGGAAGGCGGGUAGACUAGGUUGUUUCCUGGCUCUGUCACUGCCACCGGGGUUUUGAUUUGGGGGAAAGGGGGGUAGGGGACUAUCUGAAGCGCUUCCGUACUAAAGCCAUAAUGAAAAUACUCUCUUCUCUGUUCCCUAUCCUAUACAAAAUACACUAAAUGCCCCCACCCCCUUUACCCGGGUAAAUAGGGUUUGUUUUCCACUUACGUCCUAUGCCCUUUUACUUAUUGUUAUAGUUUUAACUUAUUGACUGCAUGACCCAGUGGUUUGAAUUGUUUUUAGUUCAAGUCAUUGGUAAAAACUAGGCUUAAAAAGAUGAGCUACUACUUAAAAUGAGCUAUCCUGCCUAAUUCAUUUGUUGUGGAAUAGAUCUUUUUUCCAGAGUUGGGGCAUCACCCCAAUAACAUAUAACUAUGCAUGUAGAGGACAAGAUUUAAUUUCUUUCCUCCUCUUGCCCAGUAGCCACAUCUGGUUUACUCUGGCAGCAUCUACUAAGAAAUUCAGCACCUGCAUAUCUCAGUGACAAAUGGUCACUUAGAGCUUCUCUUCCCCAUGAGUCUCCAGAUCUGUGAGUUGAACAGAUUGCUUGUUGCAGAUUGACCUUUAAUGCAAAAACUAUAUUAUCCUCAAAUGACUUUUUCUUUUUUUUUUUUUUCUUUUUUUUUUUUUUGGUCUUCGUGUGCUUUAAGAAGUGAUAGGGUAAUUCCAGGUUUUCUAAGGAGAAAAUUCAAAGGAGCUAAUCAGCAUGCUUCCAAACAACCGAAUGUAAAACACUCCUAGCCAGCUGUUGAAGUCCAUGCCCCUAUUUACUUCCAGUAUUUUCCUGCAAAAAUAGAGAAAGAUGUUGAUGGCUGUUUGAGAUUCUCUCAGGAGCUCUAGUGUUCCAGAAGGCUGGUGGUUCCAGCUGUACUGUUUUGGUGGCAGUGUUCUCAAAACCCCUCAGAACAGUAGAGAGCCAGUUGUUGCUUCUUCCAGUGUAGUUUUCUAUAGGAAGAGAGAAGGCACAGAUGAUCAAGGCUACAGAAUAGAGAAUUACCUAUACUGCUGGCCAUUUUAGAGCAUCAAAACUUGGGACAAAGUACUUCCUAACCUCUUAAACAAUUGUGCUAUCUGUAACUAGUUUUAUUUUUGUCCUUUUAGGAAGCUCAGCAACUUUACCUUGUUUACAAAUGUAUUUACACCAUUUGCUUCAGGCUAUGGAGCACUAUUGUUUCCCUCUUUUUACUAUUUAUAGGAUUCCUUUUUCACAACACUUUUAAUAAAAACAAACUGUAGAAAUAAACACGUUAAAAUCUGCCCAGCUGUUGUCUAAGCCCUCUUGAUUGACUUGCCCAAAUGGCAAUCCAGUUCUAAGGUCUGUAAUAAAGGGAGAUUUGCUAUUGGUGGAAAGUGUUGUCCCUGUAGAAAAACAGUAUGUGCCCUUGCCUCUUUGUGCACACUGGGUUACUAAUGGCCCAGAGUGAAGGAAUAUUUGUUCCCAGUUUUUUAGCUAGAAAAACAAAUUCUUGAUUUUUUUUUUAACAAAAAAGAUGCUUAUUCAAUGCAAAAUGCCACUCUGUUGUAAAACCUGAGACAGGCAUAAUGCCAAGCAUUUCUUCCAGGAUUGCUAACAUUGUUUGUUGGUAGCUUCACAUUCUGGUAUAGUUUAAUCUGCCUUGGAGGCAGUUUAAAGCACUUUUUAAUGCCUUUCAGUUUAAAAAUAAUCCUAGAUAUGCAAAUGAUGAUCUUCUUUAAAAAAAAGGUUCACAAAAUGGGUUUUUAAUAAUACAGUAAUGAAAGUGUAUGGUUACCAAUCACAUAACCUCCCGGUCCUGAAUUAUAGCCAAAAUUUGAUUAACUUAUAAAGAUUGUUGAUAGUGAUAUAUAUGCUAUAUAAUACAACCUGGUGUAUAUUAAACCAACAAGAACUCAUUCUUCCAGUAGGACAGUAAUAAAGGAGGAAUUGUUUUUCCAAACUUUAAAGUUCUCAAAUACAAGUUGAAUUUAAAAAAAAAAAAA